GAUCUUGCAGCACAGAGCCUGCUGAAUGAUGAAGACUCAGCCAUAUGUGCCCUAGAAGAGCUCCCUGUGGGCCUCUUCCCAACACUGUCUGCUGUGGCCUUUGAAGGGGGACACACAAAGACCGUGACAGCAAUGGUGCAGACCUGGCCUUUCCCCUGCCUCCAUCUGGGAUCAUUAAGGGAUCAGUCAAUAACUCAAAACCUGUUGGAAGCUGUACUAGAUGGGCUGGAAUUGGUUCCUACCAACACUGCUUGCCCCAGGAGAUCGAAGCUAAAGGUGCUGGAUUUUACCCAUGACUUUGAGCACUCCAACUGGGAGGAAUGCUCUGAGACCUCUCCUGCACCCUUUGUCAUCACGCACAUGCUGGAAGAGCCAGACGCAGACCAGCUCAUGCCCAGUUCUAGAGAACAGCCUCAGAGUGACCGAGAACCUGUGGAAAUAUACACAGACCUUUUCUUAGGUGGUUUGUUCGGUUUCUUCCACCUGUCUGGGUUCCCAUCAUACAUAUUGCAGAGAGUCGAGAACAGCCAUGGCUGUCUACGCCUCCGCUGUCGGACACUGGUCAUUGACCAAGUGCCAUUCCGCAGCCUCGUAGAGAUCCUGGGAAUGCUGGAGCUGGAGGCUGUCCGAGAGGUGAGGCUUCAUCACAGGAGUAGCUUCUGCUUCCAGUCAGACCUAAUCCAGUUCUUCACCCAGGUGGGGCAAAUGAGCAGCCUGGGCAAACUCAUCAUGAGCGACAUCCCCUGGGAUUUCCCUGCUGACUGUUUCUCCCUGCUGAGUCCACUGGGCCACCUCCAGAAGCUCCAUCUCAUCUUCGGCUGUCUCUCGGGCCAGCUACAUAAGAUGCUCAGUGGCCUGCAAAAACCGUUGGAGACUCUGGUGAUUAAUGGAUGUAGGCUUACCGAGAAUGACAUCACCUACUUGUCCCAGAGCAUUCAUGCCACCCGCCUGAAGGAGUUGGUCCUUUGUAGCAAUAACCUGUCCCAGACGGUUCCUGGGCCCCUAGAGGUUCUGCUCAGUGAGGUCUCAGGCACCCUGCAGCACCUCAACUUGAGAAGCUGCCGGUUGAAGGAAGCCCAGCUCCGAGCCCUCCUGCCUGCCCUGUGCUGCUGCUCCCGCCUCCAUUCCUUCGUGUUCUACGACAACGUCAUCUCCACGUCAGGCAUCAUGAACGUGCUUCAGCAUUUAGCGGGGCUGAAGGAGCUGAAGCGUGUGCAGUACCCUGUCCCUGCUGAAUGCAUUGUGUACUUGGACGAAUACAGGUGGCGGAACCUCAACAGAGUGGAACUUGCCCGAGUACACACCAAAUUGCAGGAAAUGUUGCAAGCACUACAGCGGGCCGACAUGGAGUUGACUAAUUCUACCUUGAUGGCGUGA